AUGGAUCAGCUCGACCAGUGGUGGAUUCCGUUACUCGUCGACCAUCACAAGGGUCCCAUAUCUACCAGAUCGGAAGUUGGGAGGGGAACCCUCAUGGGGGAGCUGGUGCCAGGCAAGACAAAACUGGAUUGGUCCGUCCAAUUCACCCUCGUUCGCACGAUGACCUUGGGUUGGUUCCAGCCGGAUGAUAUUUCAAGAAUGUUCGAGCAUACGCCCGCACUUGAGCAGCAGCGUGCGAGCCGGGUUGGGGUGGAGCGUAGUCGAUCUGUGACUCCACAGCUCGUCUUCAUGGCCGUUCGAUGA